UUUUAUUUUUUUGCAAUUUAUAAUUUAUAGAAAAAUCAAAAUUCUAGUAGGUAAAUAAUGGCGUCCCUUCCAAAUUCCCAUAGAGGGGAUUACAGUCCCAAACCCUAACCAGCCGACUUUUACCUCCGUUUUUUCAGGGUUGAAAACGAUGAUGCUUGCAUGCUGUGGCAUUGGUGUUCUACUGAAAUAAGCAAUAUUUAACAUCCCAGGGUUGCAAAAUACGGUCUUUAAUAUAAAGCCCUUUCGCUAUUGAUUUCAGGCAGCCAUGGAUGGAAAUGGCGGAAUGCAUAUACGAAAUUGGAGUUAUUUUGAGCCAACACCAACGGUUCCAAAGGGCCAUUUGGGCCUGCAACUCAUGUCCUCAAUGAAUGAAAAGCCCCCCCAUUUUCACAACAUUCAUGAUAAUCACCAACAACAACAACAAUCCCACCAACCUGACCAUCCUACAGUUAUGGCGUCGACUAAUGGUGGUGCAUUUCAUCAUCAUCGGGUUUGUGGGCUCUCGGAGUCUCCCAUGCCCAUGGAGUACAUGAGGGAUUCAUGGGUUAAUCAAAAAGACUAUAGAGAGAAGUAUCUCAAUGUGCUCUCUGCAAACCACCCUUAUCUUCCAGGUUUUGGGUUUUUACCUGAGACAUCUUCCGCUCAGUCUAUGCAGAUGCACCAGCAGCCAAACUUGGUGAAAGUUGAAACUGCUCCUCUGGUGGAAGAGGUUUGCCAAGAAGGGGAUAAUAUAGGUGGGCUUGCUAAGAAGAGGGGAGUUGGACAAUCCCAAGAGCUGAAGUCCCCUAAACCUAAGAAGGCAAAGAAAGCUACUAGGGCUCCUAAAGACGAGUCUACCUCAUCUCCUCCACGGGCAAGAGCUCCCAGGAAAAGUGCAGAAGUCAUCAUUAAUGGUAUUAAUAUGGAUAUUUCAGUAAUUCCCAUACCAAUCUGCUCAUGCACUGGGGCUGCUCAGCAGUGUUAUAGGUGGGGCUGUGGUGGGUGGCAGUCAGCUUGCUGUACCACUAAUUUGUCUUCCUAUCCCUUGCCUAUGAAUGUAAAACGGCGUGGUUCAAGGAUAGCAGGUCGGAAGAUGAGCCUGGGAGCGUUUAAGAAGGUACUAGAGAAACUGGCUUCAGAAGGAUAUAACUUUUCUAAUCCAAUUGAUCUGAAGCCACAUUGGGCAAGGCAUGGUACAAACAAGUUUGUCAUUAUCAGAUAGAUGUAUGGUGGAUAUGCUAGCAGUUGUCCUUAAAAUAGGUAUGAUGCAUUUCUGGUGUACAUAGUUGACUAUUGCUUGGACUGAGGCUUGUCAGGUAACUUCUAACCAGUGAAAUUCAAGCAUUGCAGCACUCCUUCAGAUUUUGUCCUGUGGGAUUUUCUUUCAGUUUACCUUUGUAGUUCUCGCAGAUAGCACGCAAACUUACGGUAGUGGCAGAUUAUGAAAGUUCCAGAGGAGGUACAUUUGUUAUGCAAUUAGUAUUGAUGAUCUAUGAAUGGAAAAUUUUGCAUUCUUUUAUUUGUUAUUAUCCAGAUUCUGUCUUCCUAUGAGGGAAUACCUUAUAUUUGAUCAACCAAAUAGCUAAGUCCUGCACUACUACUCUGGUUGAAUGUAUCAAACCUGGGCUCUGACCUGUCAUUUUAAGGACUAUUAUCUUAAUUGGUUGAUGUUCUUUUCGAA